AUGGCAGAACGAAAUAUCGUGCCAGUUGAUCCGCUAUCACAUAAACCGAUCGAGUUGUGGCGCAAAUAUUUAAAACAAGGACGGGUUUCUGAGCCAGUUAAGCCGCUCCGGCUUGAUACGCCGAUCUUUGAAAAUAAGAUAAGGUUUGUAUGCAUCUCCGAUACUCACGAAAAGAUGGAAGAACUAUUGCCCGUGAUACCGGGCGGUGAUGUACUUAUCCAUGCCGGUGAUUUUACAAAUUAUGGAGAUAUUGGUGAAGUAAUCAAGUUCAAUGCCCAAAUUGGGAGUCUGCCGCACAAGCAUAAGAUAGUCGUGGCUGGAAACCAUGAAAUUGGUUUUGAAGAUGGUGAAGAAUUAAAUGAAAAGCAACUUGCUGGCUUAAAUAUGCUAGGUAUCAACAAACCCUAUGAAUUGUUAACAAAUUGCUCUUACUUAUGCGAUCGACAGAUUGAGAUUUAUGGAUUGACAAUCUAUGGUGCUCCGUGGCAUUCAAUGCCGGGUUAUUCAUUUUAUCGUUCACGAGGUUACUCGAUAAUGCAAAAAUGGAAAAUUAUUCCUUCUAACGUUGAUGUACUUAUUACUCAUACACCACCUCUUGGACAUGGUGAUUUUAACAGCUGGAAUAAAUGUGAUGGAGUACUAGCCGGCUGCGCAGACUUGUUGAAUACAGUGGAAAAACGAGUUAAACCGAAAUAUCAUGUUUUCGGACAUAUCCAUCAAUUGCAUGGUGUAACAACAAAUGGCCAUACCAUGUUUAUUAACGCAUCCAUUUGCGAUCACAAACUGAGGAUAGAAUAUGACCCUAUCAUUUUUGAUAUUCCCUUGCCAUUCGGUUACAGCAAGGACUGA